GGCUCUGUCCCGCGGCGAUGGCGGAGGGGCGGAGCGCGGUGCGGAGCAGCGUGCGCGCGCUGAACUCGCGGCUGGGCUGCGCGGAGGAGCCCGCAGAGAUUCUAAAAGCACUUGAGCUACUACAGGAUUUGGAUAUAUCACUGGAUAUUCUAACGGAAACUGGCAUAGGCAAAACAGUUAACAGUUUUAGGAAACAUGCCACUGCUGGAAACGUAGCUAAAUCCCUAGUAAAGAAAUGGAAGAAGCUCCUUCCUCCAGAAACCAAAAGUAGUCACAGAGAAAGAAAACAAAAUACUGAAAAAGGUGAGACAAAAUCUUCAGUUUCCAAAGAAGGAAAGCCUUCAGAGAAGUCCAAAACAUCUGCACCAGCCUCCCAAAGUUCCAACAGCUCGUCCAUAUCUAGCAAGCUGAACAAGCAGCGUAACUGUAUUGAAAAAAAGCACCAAAAUAGAGCCUCUGAGUCUCAAAAAGACCGUGGUAGCAGAAAAUGUCAUAGCAGUGGUUCUAAACGUACUUCCCAGGAGGCAGGUCCUCAAGCAAAAGAAAGUAAUUGUAAAGAGAGAGCCUCCAAGGACAGCAGGAAGGCUCCAGAAAAGCAGUGUUCCCGUGUAGCUGGUAAAGACUCCUUCCCAAAGAAGGAGAAGCCUAAGGAUGCUUCCAAACAGAGAGAUCCGAAGACUGUGACAGAACUGAAAGAAAAACUUGCUGUGAGAAGCAAAGCCGAACUACCCGGUGAUGAAGAAUUUGAACCCCCUACUAUGUCUUUUGAAUCUUACCUGAAUUAUGAUCAGGUUACAAAAAAGAGAAAGAGGAAAGCUGGUUCUACAGGUGAAUGUCCAGGGAAGAGCAGUGAACAGAAGAGCAGCUCAUUACCACAAAAGACUUCAGCAUUUUCUCAUGCAAAUGAGGGAGGAGAAAAAGUACAAAACUCUGAAGAUGAUCACUCAGAAACACCCAGCAAAAAGGCCAAGGUGGCAUCCCUUCAAGAUCUUCUUAAUACUCCACUGCCUAAAUUUCUGCCAGGCAUCUUAGUCUCCUCUCCCCCAUAUGCUGCUGACUUUAAAGAGCCUGUUGUGGAAGCACCCCAGCAAGUCAGCGAGAUAGUUCAAUUCACAGGACGGAGACUGAACUCCAAGAUGCAAGUCUACUCUGGCUCUAAACCAGUCUGUCUUUCAAAGAUGCUUACACUGUAUGAGCUGUGCAUCCGUGUGCUUCAAAAUAAUAUUGACUUGCUGCAUGAAGUAGGAGGUGUUCCCUUUGAGAUCCUUGAGCCUGUGCUAACGCGUUGCACACCAGAGCAGUUGUUUCGAGUAGAGGAAUGUAAUCCGGCGUUUACAGAGGAGUCUGACCACUUGUGGAAGAAACACUGCCAGAGGGAUUUCAAAAAUGAGAGCCUCCUGGAAUAUGAGUGUUGGCGGGAAAUGUACUUGAGGCUCUUCAAUGAGAGAGAAGAAAAACUGAAGACGCUUACAAGAAACAUUCUUUCGGCUCAGUCUGAGAAACCAAAAGGCCGGCAAGUAAAAAUGGCUUAUGUGACCAGUGCAGCAAAACCACCCAGGAACAUUCGGCGACAACAGGGAAUCCAUGGAACAGCAGGAUCUGUCACCCAACUUCACCUCACAGAUAAGUGGAAAAAAAGGUCUCCAGAAAGCAGAGAUGGAAACAAUAGUUCGUCAAAUCUGACCUCUACUAGCAACAGUGGAAGCUCCAGCUCAAAUGGAAUGACUCAAGAGGGAAAGAAGCCUAUUAAAAAAAUUGCACCAAUCAUGAAGAAAACUUUAAAAGCAUUGAAGUGUAGAGCUGCACGGCGAUAAAAUGAGGAUGUGUAUGGGAAGCUCAUGGGAAUAUCUGUAUAUUGUGCUACAGUUAAUGGAAGUAAAAUUAAUGUUAACUUCCCAAUUUACCUUUGCAAAAACAGUUUUCGUAUGCUGCAGGAGCAAAUGAUUUGCAAUAAAAAAGAAACCCUGGACUCCUUUCAUACUGCCACUUCCUUAUUCAUGAAUGAGGAAGACCGAACUGAAAUAAGGAUGGUGAAGCCUGCAGGAGAGGAGAUGCUGCUUGCUGAAGCGUGCGGAAGCAGGAAUAUGAGCUGUUUGGGCAGAAACAGAGGAGCAAGCUGCUGCCUGCCUCUGGGAGAAGGAAACAGUCUCUUCUGCAGAAGGCAAGAAAGCUGCUGAGACGUGGCAGGGGAGAUGAUCCCUCUCCUUGAGGUGCUGACCUCUGAGGCGAAGAAGCUGAAGCUUUGUCCUCCUACUACCCUGCUCCUUACAGUUCCAAAGUUUCUUUUUCCCAAUGAGCCAAUGCACAGGAAAGCCAGGGCAAGGGGAGAUGAAGGAGAACAGUGUUCCCUCAGGAGCUGAAAGGUUUAGGCUGAAGACUGGCUUGGGAUGGACAGAUGACUUGAAGCCAUCUGGGAGCUGUUCUGCCUGCACUGAGACUGCCAGAGAGCAGUGCUGGGUUGGGUACUUUGGAGCUGCAAUCUCUGCUGACCACGAGCACUGGGUUCAGUUUCUGGUGAAGAGAUUUAAGCCUAGCUUGACUGACUGCUACAGUCAAUCUGAGUGGAAAAGAGCAGUGGGAGAAGGAGAUAGAGAUUACACAGGUCCCUAUUCUCUGACUGUUCCAUGCAUUCUGCGCUGGAAGUUACUAAUGGAAGGUCUGGAGCUUAUUCCUUUGCUUUCAGUUCUUUGCUGGUUCAGAGCUAUGGAGGGUGUAUGAAGAGCUACCUGACAAACCUUCAAGGGAUUGCUCUGAAACACGUAAGUAAAGAAUCACAGUAUCAUUAAGAUUAGAAAAGACCGUUAAGAUCAACUAGUCCAACUGCCAACCCAUGCCCACUGUGCCCACUAACCAUGUCCCUCAGUGCCACGUCUGCACAUUUCUUGAACACCUCCAAGGAUGGUGACUCCACCACAUCUCCAGGCAGCCUGUUUCAGUGCCUUACCGCCCUUUCUGAGAAGAAACUUUUUCUUAUAUCCAACUUGAACCUCCUCUGGUGUAACUCGAGGGCAUUACUUCUCAUCCUAAGUGACAUUAAUUCAUAGCAACUUUCGAAUAAGGUAAGGGUUUCUUGUUUGUUUUUCAUCAUUCUGCAGAAUUUCUGAGUUUAGGUGAGAUGUUACUUCUUGUGUGUGACACUGGACAGCCAAUCCCCAGGGAAAGUACAGCCUGUAAGUGUACAAAAGUGUCCCAUUUCCUCCAGAAGUUAUUUUGAUUUUGAUGUAUUUUCCCUCUAUUUCUACUGUGGUUCCUACAAGAUGCAAUUUUCACAUCCUAGAAUGUUGUUUUAAAUUAUCUCCUGCAAUUAAUUGCUAUCAAUAUUACAGUAACGGGAGGUAGGAGUAAAUAUUCCACUUGGGCAUUUGAGGCUAAAUGUCUAAUGGUAUGGUGCAGGUUGCGUGCUGUACUGAUUGGUUCCAAAGGGACUGGUUGGAAACAAAGGGCUUUUAAAACUCAUGGCCAUGUUUACCAUCUAUAGCUAAAUAAGAUAUCUAGAGGCUAACCUAGAAAUGUGAUGGGGCUUGUUAAUUUUUAUUUGUUUUAAGGUACAAAUACAACUGUGAGCCUAUCAUCACAGGGAAGCAGAUAGAAGAAGAUGAAGCGAUAUUCUUGGCUACAUAUUGCUGGGUAAAGCUUACUGAGGCUGCCCCCAGUUUGUUGCAGCCGUGAGCCCGUGAUUAUGUGGAAUUUACCCCAGUGUGGAAAGCUUAUGUAAAAGCCUUUACACCACACACGACCUACUUUAGGCCCCUGUGAAGUGCAGAAAAUUGGCAUAACGGGUCAGGUGUUUCUGCUACGAACACAAAUCCUUCGUGAAAAUCGCUGCUGCAAUGUUUAGCCACUGGAUGUCCUCGUUUUCAAAGGUCUGCAAAGGUUGAUCAGCCGGAAAGAGACAUGCUGACGUUUGCAGAGUGUUGCAUAAAGAUGUUCUGUGUGUGCUGUGUAUUGCCAAACUCCAAGCUUACCACCCAUAAAGCAAGAGAAUCAGCAACAGAAUUGGUUUCAUUUCUUAGGGCUAUUAAACUCCUACAGCAUGCAGAACAUGUAGUUUGUUCCAUCUUUCUUCUUGUUGACUGAACUGUUUAUUUCUGUAAAAGCUUGCGUUGCUGUACUGUUGCAUACUUAAAGCACAGAGUAGCUCACUACAUUUCUUCCUCCUUGCAAUGCUGUGUUUACUAGACUUGGUUACUGUUUUUGCUGUGGAUUCUGACUCGAGCUUGAUCUUUCCAAAUCCAUAUUCUUUUUGAAGGCUGUACUCCUCUCAGCACAGGGGCUGGCUCUGCUGACAACAGCAUCAGCAGCAGUGCCAGCCCAGAGGCAUCCCUGAUCCGAUCCCACAAGGACAUUCCCAGCCACACGUAAUGACUUGCUCCUGCUGCCCUUGCCCUAAAAGCUGGCCCUCCCCUUUUCUCAGAAGAAGGCUUCCUUCCUCCUGCAGAGAGUGAACCAUCACUGCUCACCUUUCCUUUGCUGCAGGCUCCCAUGCCUGAGCAUCCCCUGCAGCUAAAGCCUGUUUCUUGUAGGUCUGAUGGGAUCAUCCUCCUUGCCAAACAUUCCUGUCUUUUGAUUAUUACCUGAUAUGGCUUGUCAAACACUUUCCAACAGCUUAUAAAAAUCUGAGCUGGGGGGAAGGCUGGCAACAGGAUAUCUGUAACUACAUGAGAAUUUCAUGUUUGUUCAUGAAACGUGAAUGUGUUCAUGAAAAACUACCUUGUUGGGUUUUUUUUUCAGUCUAAAGCUUCAAGGAAAAAAAAAACUACUUAACUUUUUCAGCCUUUUAAUUUCUCUGAUUUAAGCUACUGUUAAACCACAUUGUCUUUCCAACAAUGGAAAGCCUGUGCUAUGUAAACACAUUUGAAAUCAUGACAGCAAGUUUUGCCAGAGGACAAACUCGGUAGAAAAAUUAAGGCUGGACAUCUUUCCCUUAUAAAGGGUUCUUCUGUUAUAAACUGACAUAUUUAUGCUAGACACAUUUGCUUCAUGUACCAAGCAUGGUAGUUCCAUUCCCUGCUGGUGCAGGAGGCAUCUCUCCAAUAAAUCUCAGUCUCCCAUAGCUGCUGAAGUCUUCUAAGGUGACUGGCCAAGUAUGCCUUUAUUUUUCUACUUGGUAAUGUCCUUCUCUGGUGGCAUGGCAUUAGAGGAGUGCUUCAGAAAGAGGCAGAUAUGUUAUCUUUCCAAACACAGCUCUGCAGGACUGGUAGAUCUUUGUGGAGACUCAUUCUCACAGGUCAGAAGAGGAGCCAUGCCCAGAGCUUCCCAUGCGGAUAGAGACCUGAGGUGCACCAAAAGACUCUGAAUUUGGAUAUUUGUUCCCCACUCAACAACCAUGCUGGUUUCCAGAUUCUAAACCAAACCUAAUAUUCAACUAAGCAGAGAGAAAGAUUUGGAAUGCUAGAAAAUAGCUAGGACAGAGGGAAAACCCCCGUGGCAGGUCCAGGUGAUGUAGUGCUUGAUCACGAUGUCAUUGCCUUAACUCCAAGUACACCCUGCUGCUUCUCUAACAGAGAAACUAGCAGAGUGUGGUAGCAGCACACUGCCUUGUGGACGUUGAGUAAAGGAAAGCAGCUUCAAAAGAGGCUAUGUGAGGAAAGAGUCACAAAGUCACCAAGUGACUGAGGCUGGCAGGGACCUCUUGGAUCCAUCUGACCCCUGUUCAAACAGGGACCCUCAAAGCAGGGUGCCUAGGACGACAUCCAGGUGCCAUCCUGUUGAAGGAACAGAUUUAUCAAUCCUUUCCUAUUGUUCUCCAUGCUAACUGUGGUGGUGGAUGUGGAUGAAGAGGAAACAGAGCUGGAGCCCAUCACCAUUGUUCUGAUAACAGUCCCUGGGCAAGCUGCAAGCUUUUCCUCCUGCACCCACAGCCAUCCCUGAACAACUGGAGCCCACUCUAAUUUUUUGGGUGGCUUUUGAAGAUCUCAUUGGAAAAUGAGGGAUGCUGCUUUUGGUCACUGCAAAAUCAGAGAAUUGAUUUGGAAAGCUGGAAAAAAAGAGGUAGAAGGUUUUACAAGCAGCAAACCCUGGGUUUACAGUGAACAGAGAGGAUUUUUCUGUCCCUAGUAUGGGAACUCAGAUGCAGCUUCAAUGAAAAUCAAUAAUUGAUCUACAUCCAUUUACAGAUGCAUCAACACUUACGUAGGCUGAAAAGCCUUAUCCCUGUGUGCACAUUUUGCUUUUAAGCAGCUUGUUCUUGGGCUGCUUGUGAAUGUGUCUGCUCUCAUCACACAGGGAAUGCUCGGUCCCUUCUAGGAGCAAGCUGGGGCCCUGUCUUUUUCUGCUGGAUGCCAAUAAGGGGACUGACAAGAUAAGAUGUUGAACUGCCACACAGCUUGUUAGAUAAGUGCAGAGCCCUUUAAAGCUUGAGGUGGAACCGGGAUUUACCUCUUGGAAAACAGCAGCCGUCCACAAAGCCCGUUGUAUGCACAACAGUUCUCCCAACAAGCAGUGUAGGGCUGAAAUCAAAAUAAAUCAUUUUCUCUCUCUUUUUUUUUUUUCUUUAGAUUUUCUAGUAUAGACUGAGGCUCAGCAAACAUGCUGUGAUUCUCCCUGUUUGCUGCUUAGUGCCACUGUGCAGCCAGUGCAGGUCACAUGUCUUUGUUCCCUAUAUAGAGGUAAAUCUGUGCUAUGUUAUGACAAAUCCGAGAGGAAUUUCACUUUUGCUUCAUCUGGUAAAUGAGCAAACACCUUGCUCUGACCAGUGCUUGCAAGGAGCACGUCCCUGGGUCUCCUCUACUCCUGGUGCUGUCCUUGUGGGAUGCCCUGUGUUUUACAGCAGAGAACAGGUCCUGGUUGCAGGAACCUGCCAAACCCUGCUAAGUGCAGGGGCCCUUGUAUGUGCUGCAGGACAUCACAUGCUGCUGAAAGGCUGCUUCUGCAAGGUAGCAGCCCAUAGUAGAACAAGCAGAGCCAAGCUGUCCACUUUCCUGAAAAGGAACAACUAGUGUCACAGAAACACAGGCUGGGUGAGAUUGGCAGGCACGUCUGUGUGCAUCUGGUCCAACCCCUGCUCAAGCAGGGACACCCAGAGCAGGAGCACAUCCAGAGUGAAGAUAUCUAAGGAGGAGAUUCCACAGUCUCUGGGCAACCUGUGGCAGUGCUCUGUCACCUGCACAGCACAGAAGUACUUCCUGGUGCUCAGAGGGAAUGCCCUGUGUUUCACUUUGUGCCCAUCACCUCUUGUCCUGGCACUGGGCACCACAGAAAUGAAGCUGGCUCUGUUCUCUUUGCAUCCUCCUUUCAGGUAUGUAUGAGCAUUGAUGUGAUCCCCCCCGAGCCUCCUUUUCUCCAAGCUGAGCAGUCGCAGCUCUCUCAGCUCCUCCUCACAGGAGAGUGCUGCAGCCACUUCAUCUCUGUGGCCUUGGACACUCUCUAGUAUGUCAGUGUCUCUUCUGUAGUGAGGGGCCCCCGGAUGAACACAGGACUCCAGAUGUGGCUUCACCAGUGCUGAGGGGAAGGAACCUCCCUCACUCUGCUGGUGAUACCUUGCCUAAUGCAGCCCACAGAACCACAAGCCUUCUUAGUGACAAGGGUACACUGCUGACUUAUGUUCAGCCUGGUGUCCACCGAGUUCAUGGAGAAUCUGUGGGAUUUUUAGCUGCUAAAUAUUACACUGCAUGUACUGCUGAAUGUAUGUGAACUGAUUGUUUUUGUUGUUUUUUUUUUUUUUUGCCCAGAGGGAUCUUGUACAAAUCUCAUGGUUAUUGCAGCGAAAGGCACAUUGGUGGUCUUUCUGCUAAGCAGCUCCCUUUGCUGAAAGGACUUUUUCCAAAGCAAGUGGUCUGGAUAGCAAGAUUACUGUGUGACUUUUCCGUGUACUGCAUACCAUAUUCUCUGGCAAACACAUUAUCAGAAAGAGGGGUCCUGUAGGAGAUGAAGAGAAAGGAAGGCUGAGACAAAACCUACAUCAUCCGGCCACAUCUGCAUUGGACCCAAGGCUGGGUGAACCACAUCUGUAUGGCUUCAGGCUGAAAACUGAAGACACUUAAAAGGUCUUAACCAAGUGAGCCCACUAAACUGAUUUUGAGUUCAGGUGGAUGAGAGCUCAGACCUGUUCCAGUGUACCAGCAGCUCGAGCAGGUUACAAAACAUUGGUGCCUUUAAAUGUGGAUUUUAAUGGCUUUUAACUUCCUCCUCAACCAGGCAAUGAUUGCCAUGAGUGGAAAGACAUCCCUGUGGAGAUUACUGAGAUGUGUUUGGAGCACGCCUUCAUGCCCAUGCAGUUUCGACAGAGCCUAUCACCAUGCAUGGGCUGAGGGAUGCAGUGAGGAGCUCUGGGCUACGACCAGCCGGGCUUUUCUUAGAUGAAACAAGCAUCCAACACCAGGCAGGCAAACCCAGCUCCAUCCAAAAAAACCCAGCACUGCAUGGAACAAGGUGGUGGAUGUGCAGGCAGCAGGAUUACCAGCGUCAUCCUGCCAGCUGGGGCUGCAAGGAGCGUGUGCCAGGAAGGAGGCCAAGGUUUCACAUUCCCUUAUGUCUAAAAGGUCUGUGGGGCAUUUGGGUGAAGCACUGAAAACUGAAAAUAUAAAAAAAAAUGGUAUAAAGCUUGAAUAAGAUGUUCAGAUUCAAGGUCUGUGUUUGCAUUUGAGGUGAAUAAAUAGUGGUACUUUGUAGUGAGCGGUAUCCACCGUCACCUCUGGUUGAUGGUACUUCCAUGUGAGGGUUCCCACCAAUGGACAAGCGCAAGUGUACAUUGCACAACAGAUAGCAAUUGGAAGAAGUCAGUUUUUCAGGCUCGUGUCCAACAGAAUCAUCAGAUCUUUCUCUAGUACGCAUAUUUUCAAGUUUUUGUAGUCAUCUCAUCUCUUCAUAUAAUCAAAUUAAUUUGAAUACUUUCUUAAAAUCCAACAGUCUUUACCAAGCACAAUGGUAUCUGGAGAAACCUCUCAUAGAAAGGCUGAAGAUGUCCUGACAGCAUUUCCUUGCCUUUGGGAGUUCGUGAAAGGUAUGCCAGAGUCCCGCUCCAGCUCAUUCUGCUUUCUGUUUACUUUCUGAUGGCCUGCAGAGUGUUUGAUAUGUGUCCACAAACUUCCUAAUUCACCACAGUAUGUCUGUUUGCCAAGAUUUACUUGACCCGAAUUCUUUUGAUAACAAUUGUUUGUGACAAUUUUAACACAGGUUGUACAGAAGGAGAUAGCUGGUUUAAUAGAUGCUGUGACCUGGACAUUCAUGCUUUACCAUUUUGUUGCCAACAGGAAGCUCAUGGGAUUUUUUCCCCCCAAUUUAUUUAUUUUUAAUCUUAGCUAAUUAUUUUCCAACGAUAUAUUUUCUCACAGCUGGAAGACUGAGCUGUUGUAUAUAUGUCCUAAAUUGCUAACUUACCUUUUGGUAUUCAGCAUAAUGUCUCUUCAGAAAGGCAUUUGAGUCUAAAGACAGUUGUGCUUCUCAUUGCUCUGCCACAUAACAGCGAGUCACUCAUUGCAUUCAGUCAUCAGCUCUUAACUGCAAUUGUUGCUGUGAAAGAGGCAGAAAAAAUAUGUUACCUGGUGCGACUGCUCACUACAAUUUUUCUAUUGGGUAUUCUAAAUACAUUCUGCUUAUAUUUCCUUUAUCCUUGGUCUGAUUCAUUAAAUAAGUCACUUUCAUA